AGUUGCUCGCUGUGGUCCCAUCCCCCAUGCUCCCAUUGGUUGAUUGAUCGAAAAGGGCGGGCAGCAGUUGCGGAGUGCCGCGGGUCCACAGUGCUGCACUGAGCAGAGAGGAAGGGGCGUCCCGGGAUAUUUGGAGGAUAAAGCGUGAUGACCACACCUGCCGGCUCCGGCAGGGGCUUCGGCUCCGUAUCCUGGUGGGGCCUGUCCCCGGCGCUGGACCUGCAGGCUGAAAGUCCUCCUGUGGACCCAGAUUCCCAGGCCGAUACAGUGCACAGCACCCCCGAGCUAGACGUGCUGCUUCUGGGCUCUGUGGAUGGACGGCACCUGCUGCGGACGCUGUCCCGAGCGAAGCUCUGGCCUCGCAGGAGGUUCAACUUCUUUGUGCUGGAGAAUAAUCUGGAAGCCGUGGCCCGACACAUGUUGAUCUUCAGCUUAGCCCUGGAGGAUCCGGAGAAGAUGGGGCUGCAAGAGCGGAGCGAGACCUUCCUGGAGGUGUGGGGGAACGCGCUGCUGCGCCCGCCGGUGGCUGCCUUCGUGCGCGCCCAGGCCGACGUGCUGGCUCACCUGGUCCCCGAGCCCGACCGCCUGGAGGAGCAGCUGCCCUGGCUCAGCCUCCGCGCCCUCAAGUUCCGCGAGCGGGACGCCCUGGAGGCCGUGUUCCGCUUCUGGGCGGGCGGCGAGAAAGGGCCCGAGGCCUUCCCCAUGAGCCGCCUCUGGGAUUCGCGGCUGCGCCACUACCUAGGCUCCCGCUACGACGCCCGGCGCGGUGUCAGCGACUGGGACCUGCGCAUGAAGCUGCAUGACCGCGGGGCCCAAGUCAUUCACACCCAGGAGUUCCGACGCUGGCGGGACACAGGCGUCGCCUUUGAACUCAGGGACUCCAGCGCCUAUCAUGUGCCCAACCGGACCCUGGCGUCGGGUCGCCUCCUGCGCUACCGCGGGGAGUGCGUGGCAGCGCGCGGGUACUGGGGGGACGUCGCCACGGGGCCCUUCGUGGCCUUCGGCAUCGAAGCAGACGACGAGAGCCUCCUGCGGACCAGCAACGGACAGCCGGUCAAGACGGCCGGGGAGAUCACGCAACACAACGUGACAGAGCUGCUCCGCGAGGUGGCCGCCUGGGGGCGCGCGAGAGCCAGCCGGGGGGACCCGGAAGAGCAGCAGAGCUCGGAGGCAAGCCCGGAGCCAGGGACUCCAGCAGCCCCCACCCCAGAAUCAUUCACUGUCCACUUUCUGCCGCUCAAUUCUGCUGAGACUCUCCACCACAAAAGCUGCUACAAUGGCCGGUUCCAGCUCCUCUAUGUGGCCUGUGGGAUGGUCCAUCUUCUCAGCCCUGAGCUUGGGGCCUGUGUGGCACCUGGAGGGAACCUGAUUGUGGAAUUAGCCCGGUACCUGGUGGACGUGCGGCAGGAGCAGCUGCAGGCAUUCAACACCCAGGUCGGGGAACGCGCUCGGGCAGCUGGAUUUGCUCCACAGACCGAGGCCAGGCCCUCAGAGACCUUCGCACGUUUCUGCAAGUCCCAGGAAUCGGCUCUGGGCAGCACUGACCCAGCUGUGGAACCCGGAACUCCGUCCCUUGAUGUCCUGGCCCAGCCUCUUGAAGCCAGCAGCCCAGCCCCUGAGGGCCUGAUCCAGCCUCUGCAGGGCGGGACCCCACACUGUGAGCCCUGCCAGCUGCCCUCUGAGUCUCCAGGUUCACUCUCAGAGGUUCUGGCUCAGCCCCAAGGGGCUUUGGCUCUGUCCAACUGUGAGUCAGACUCCAAAACUGGAGUCUCACCCAGUCCCUAGAUGCCCCUUAUCUCCAACUUCCAAAGUCAGGUUGUAGGAUGAGAACCCGCUGAUACCAUUCUUAGCCCGCUGCUAGAGUCCUCAAUUUUAUUCUAAUCAUUCCCACUCAGUACCCGCCACCCCCACCCUGGGAGUGUUGGUAGAAUUUCAAAUUCCAUUUCUGAGAUUCUAUUUCUAGAAUUCUAGAUUGUUCUCUCAGAAUUCCAAAUUCCACUUCUGAGGCUCUGAACCCAGUCUAGGAUCUGACCCUGAGUCUCAAGCCCUUGACUUUGGCCCCCUUGUUCCCAGGCACCCUGUGGCUGACUGGGGUCUGGGGUGUCUCCUCACCAGGACCUGGUCAGCACCCAGAUGGUUCAAGUAAAGCAAGUUAUGUCCACC